AAUCAUCAGAGCCUCGGGAAGUGUAGUUUGACAUCAUAUAUUUGUUCGCCCAUUCUCUGUCUUUCUGAAGCUUUUAUGUUCAGGAGAAAAACAUAGCACAACUACAUUCUACCACUGUAAAUUGACCGAUCAAACCAACAAGAAGCAAAGCAGCCAACAAGAUGAGCGAAACAAUGCGUGCAGUAGAUAUCAAGAACGGCAAAGGCCCCAUCGACGCCCUUCACAUUACCGAUGUCUCCAAACCCAAGCUCGGUAAAUCGCAAGCGAUGGUUAAAGUCAAAGCCUUCGGCCUGAACCGCAUGGACCUUCUCCAGCGCGAAGGACACUACCCCGUCCCACCUGGCGCGUCAAAGAUCCUCGGCGUGGAGUUCUCGGGCACAAUCGCAGAGCUGAGCGAGGAAGGCGGCGGAAAGGAGAAUUUCAAAGUGGGAGACGAGGUCUUCGGAUUGGCAUAUGGCGGCGCAUACGCAGAAUACAUUGCAGUGAGCACGCACAUGCUGGUCCGGAAGCCACAGGGGUUGAGCUGGGAACAAUGUGCGGGAAUCCCAGAGACAUGGAUAACAGCCACACAAGCCAUGUACCUCGUCGGCAACUUCGCCGCCGGGAAAAGUAUCCUCUGGCACGCCGCCGCGUCCUCGGUCUCGAUCGCUGGUAUCCAACUCUCGCGCGCCGAUUCUGCAUCCGCCGUCUACGCAACCGCGCGUCAAGACGAGAAAUGCGCUUUCGCUGUCAAGGAACUCGGUGCGACUGCCGCCUUCAACACCACAAGCCAGAACUGGGUUGAAGAAGUCAUGAAAGCGACAGACAACAAGGGCGUAGACAUCAUUAUCGAUUUCAUCGGCGCAUCAUACUUCCAGCAGAACCUCCAGGCCGUAGCGAAAGACGGUAUCAUUGUCAACCUGGGGUUCAUGGGCGGGACGAAGGUCCCCGAGGGAACAGACAUUAGUGCCUUUGUAUUGAAGAGGUGUACGUUUGUGGGCAGCAGCUUGAGGAGUAGAGAUGAGGAGUACCAAGGGAAGCUGAGAGAUCAGUUGGUGGAGCAUGCGCUGCCAAGGAUCAAUGAUGGCAGAUUCAAACUUUUCGUGGAGAAGGUGUUGCCGUGGGAGCAGAUUCAGGAUGCGCAUCGGUUGUUGGAGGAGAACAAGACAAAGGGCAAGGUUAUUUGCACGAUAUCGUAGUGACCGUUUACGAGAAGUCGUUCCCUGACAAGUGUUUAGCGUAGUUUGCAACUAUUCAUAGCGAAUCCAUGGAUCACACUGUCA